AUGAUCGAUAACUCGGAUACGGAGAUCAAAGCAAUCAAGGCUAGCUAUGGUGAUGAUGCCAAGAUCUUUUUAUGCCAUUGGCACAUUCUUCGUGCCUGGCGUAAAAAUGUUGUGUACAAGGUACGGCCUGAAGCUGGUAACAAGGCAAAUCAGGAUCAGGUUAAAGAGCAUCGAAAGGUUGCCCUUGAUCACAUGAUUGCAAUUAUGGAUGCACGCACCGUUGCCGAAUACAAUGACUCCCUCCGUAAAUUCAAGACAUGGGCUUGGAAUAACCGCGAGAAGUGGGAUUCAGGUGAACUUGUCACCUAUUUUGAAGAGGAGUACAUUCCGAAGAAGAAAACGUGGUGUCGUGCAUAUAGAAAGGAAAACUAUCGUAUGGAUACCAACAACUACGUGGAAAGCUGGCACCGUUGCUUGAAAAACGUGUAUAUUCCAACAUUGAAAAAAGAGCGUUUAGACGUGCUGGUUUAUGUGCUUUGGACAGCGGUGCUUGGAGACUUAAUGACUGCACAUGUAUGUGUAUCCAAUGGUUUGCAAAAGCGUGUUUGGACUCAAUCCGAAAAAGCACGCAAAAAAGAAGCCGAUGCUAUUCCUGAGGAGGAAGCCGAAGAUCUGCUCUUGCAAGUUGCAGUGAAGCGGAUCCUUGUACGAUCUUUUACCAAUCCUCGCACCAAAUACACCAUCAUUGUUGACGAUAAAAGCAAUGUCAUGGAACGCUGCUCGUGCCCAGACUACCGAAACAGUAAAGGCAUCUGCAAGCACAUGUUCCUUGUGUUCAGGCUCGAGAUGAUCAAUCUGCCUCAUCAAGCGACACGUAUUGAUAAGGGUAAAGCACCAGCAAGAUCUGUCCCAUCGGCUUCGACGCCAAAUACAAGAGAGGUUGAAUUAAAAGGCGCUAUUGCAAAGUUCCAUUCAAUCAUGCAAUCCAUUAACAAUCACGCAUCACGUGUCAAUGUUCGCAACUACGACGAAACCAAAGCACGAUACAUCAAUCAGGUUAACCAGAAAUUGGAGUCUGUUUUCUCUUUGCUCAAAGAACAUGAUAAUGCCAAUGCAUCCCUUAAUGGCCACCAACGCAGAGUAUAA